GUCGCUGUACCUGCGCAUGGGUGUCUCGGUGGUGAAGAUAAAGCGAGGUGUGUUGCCCGCAGCCCCAGUCGAGUGCAGCCACGGCGACAGCUACGAGCACGACUGGCGCAGGCUGUACCAGUCGCGAUGGAAGGUGCUGCGGAGGCUGCGGCGUACGCAGCGUCGGGCGAUCGAAGCUGCGCAGUCAACGGAUCGAGGCACUGAGGCCGCUACUAGCCCGGGCAACACGAGCGCGUUCGUCCCGCAAAUCUGCCCGCACUGCGGCUGCAACCAGGUGUUCAAGACCGCGAGCGACUGGGACGCCCACCUCACGCGGCACCGCAAGUUCACGUGCUUGGAGCCUUCGUGCCGCGCGUCGCUGCUUGGGGCCCACAAGUUCAAGCAGCAUAUGCGCGCACACACAAAACCCGCCGAAGCCGAGCCAGCCGCCGCUGACGCUGAUGCCAAUGCCGUCACUGACACCACAUCGCGGCUCCUGUGCGGCUACAAGGGCUGCAAGAAGACGUACGCGUCUGCCGCUCGCCUAUCCACGCACGGAGGAAAGCGAACCACUUCGACAAGUGACGCCGGCUAGAAUGCCACUAGGAUAGUUGAAUGACUGUACACACGUUCCGACUGCUAGCAUUUGUUCUCUCUUCAUCUUUCUCCUUUAAAGAAAAAAAAUGUCUUGAAAAGAGGAAGCUGAAGAGGAGCAUGCAAUUCUUGAUGACCACCCGCGGUAUUGACCACGUCAGCAUGCUGGCACCCAUCCCUAAAACUUACUACCUGCAAGUUUCGCACUUAGCCGGAAGCCUCGCCUUUUACAUACAUACUUUGCUUUACUUUAGUACGUAAGCCGCGCUCACUCACGCAGCUCUCCCUCGACGCAGCAGCAUCCCCGAUCGCCCGAUCGUCGUGACAAUGCCCGACAGCGGCGCGAGCGGGCCCAUGCCGGCGCUGGUGGCCAAGGCCAACGAGGACAAGACGGUGGCGCUGGUGGCCACGUGCUCCUUCAUGCUGUCGCUGGCGCUGGGGCUGCGGCUGCUGGGCUGGUACCUGGCCAAGUCUCGGCGGCGGCGCAAGCGGCUGCAGCUGCUGCCGGGCCUGGGCUUCUACGCGCCGUUCCCCGUGGCGCUGCACGCGCUGGACGUGAGCGUGUUCGUCGUGCUCUGGUACGCGGUGAGCAUCGGCAUGACGCUCUUCAACAAGUGGUUCCUGCGCGUGUGGGCGGGCGGCGGCUACCCGUUCGCCACGACCAUGACGUGCAUCAACAUGUUCGUCAAGUGCGCGCUCUCGCGGCUCAUCGACCGCUGCAGCUCGGGCGGCCCCAUGCUGGCCCUGCCCCCUAGCAUCUACUGGAAGCUGGCCGUGCCCAUCGGCGUGUGCACAGCGCUCGACAUCAUGCUGUCCAACCUGUCGCUGUUCUACAUCACCGUCACGUUCUACACCAUCGUCAAGUCCGGCGGCAACGUGUGGAACCUGCUCUUCUCCAUCUGCCUGGGCCACCAGCGCCCGUCCUGGUCGCUCUUCGUGGUCAUCGUGCUCAUCUCGUCGGGCAUCGGGCUGGCCAGCUACGGGUCUGCGCACUUUGUGCUCUACGGCUUCGUGCUGGUGCUGGCCGCGUCCGUGAUCGGCACGCUCAGGUGGGUGCUCACCCAGUCGCUGCUGCAGGCCAUGGAGGACAGCAACGGCCCGCCCAGGAACAAGGUGCUGGCGGUCGUGUACUACGUGUCGCCCGCGAGCGCCAUGGGGCUUCUACCCAUCGCGCUCUUCUCCGAGGCCAGCGACUACGCCACGUCGCGCUUCCUGCUCGACUCGCGGCUGCUGCUCAUGUCGCUCGUGUUCAUCUUCAUCAGCGGCUGCCUGGCCUUCGUGCUCAUCUUCAUCGAGAUCAUGCUGGUCAAGAAGACGUCGGCGCUGUCGCUGGGCAUCGCCGGCAGCUUCAAGGACGUCACGCAGGUGCUGCUCGCCGUCUUCAUCUUCGGCGACCAGCUCAUCGCCAUCAACGUGUUCGGCCUGGUCGUGGCCACGUGCGGGAUGCUGUUCUACACGUUCAUCAAGCACACGACAGCAGAGGCCGCAAGCGACGCAAGGAGCGGCAAACUCAAGGGCUACCAGCGCGUGCCUACGUCCAACUCCGACCUGGAAGACGGCAGCGACGUCCAGUGCCAAGGCAGUGAUAGCAACAAGCACAACAUUGUGCCGGAGUUCCACAUGAAGGACGAGAGGGGGGUCUUGGCAUCAGGAACCAAGACGCUGAGCUCCGUCUCGCGCGUGGAGCUCGUGAGACGGGAGAGCAAGGAGUACUUCAAUGCAGCCAGCAUGGUCUCCUCCGGCGCCUCCCACGUGUGACGAGAACAAGGACGCUUUGUAACAUUAGGCCAACCAUUUGCGUCGAGUUCGACACCAUAGACGCACGUCUGCCAGCUGAAAACCAGCAGCAGUUCCUGUUCUCGUGACCAUCCAGUUGAAUUAAAUAGACCAACAGAACCGAUCUUGCUUCACACAAGUGAAUCACUACGUUCCGGUGUUGGCCUGGAAGGGAUGGGGGGGGGGGGUCGCUUGGGGGUUCUUGACUUGACUCCAUUACGCAACGAUAUGCGGGAUGUACUCGCGUAGGCGCCCGUCGCGACAGGCACUGAAGAUCCGUCCAGUCCGACCGGCAAGCGCGACCCCGCGCACUGCAUCGUACUGAGGGCCUGUGAGCUCGGUCGUCACGCGAGGCUUCUCUCCAAGGUUGCUCCAGUUGCUGCAGGCACCAUCGCCAUGAGCAGUCCAAACACUACUGGCCGAUGCUGGGUCGUCGACGGAUGGUGCCGACACGGCGAUGCUAUGGAUCGGCGACGAGCUCCGCGACAGCGCGUGCAACGGCGUUCUGCAAGAAAACAAAUCAUUAGACCAAGGAACCGUGCAGUCUUCAGACGUCUUCAAACGUACCCAGUGUGUCGUAGAUCCCAAACCGUCAGCAGACCAUCUUCACUUCCAGUGAACAGCAUGGGCAGUGAAGAGUUGGCAGUAGUCGCAGCGCACGAGAUGAUCGAGCCCGCAAGACCGUCAACGUUUAGCACCUAGUCAAAGCAACAGCCUGGUGAGCAUCUCGACCUCUAACUCAAACUUUGACUAGGUCUUACCGCUCCUCGCGCACGGAUAUCCACGCCCAAUGUUUCUCCAUUGUCGAGGCCAGCGAACAGCACUUUGCCGUCCGUCUCCGCCUCAUUUUCACUCGUGUACGGCGGGUAGUCGCCUUCCGCCAGUAGUUGAGCAGUGUCGU